UUUUGAAUAGCCAUGUAAUAGGGGCUCCGCACAGUGAGUGUGUAUAUGUGUGUGUAUACGUGAGUGUGUGUGUGUAUGUGUGUGUGUGUGUGUGUCGCCCACUGCGCUGCGGAGUGUCAACAAGCCACAUCCAAACAUCCCUCGACAUGGACGACCUGUUCAGUCCUCGGAGGAGCCUGAACAGCACACAGGGCGAAAUCCGAGUGGGACCAAGUCAUCAGGCAAAGCUCCCGGAGUUGCAGCCGCGGCCCACGCCUGCUUUACAGAUUCAGACAGAGAGUGAGGAUCUGAUGUGGACACCCGGGGUCAAUGACUGCGACCUUCUCAUGUACCUCAGAGCCGCCAGGAGCAUGGCAGCGUUUGCAGGGAUGUGUGACGGUGGAUCCACAGAGGAUGGAUGUUUGGCGGCGUCCCGUGAUGAUACCACACUCAACGCACUCAACAUGCUGCACGCGAGUCAUUAUGAUGCAGCAAAGGCUCUCCAGCGUCUGGUUAAGAAGCCUCUGCCGAAGCUUAUUGAGAAAUGCUGGUCGGAGGAUGAUGUGAAACGCUUCAUCAAAGGCCUCAGACAGUACGGAAAGAAUUUCUUCAGGAUCCGGAAAGACUUUCUUCCCAGCAAAAAGACUGGAGAGCUGAUCACUUUCUAUUACCACUGGAAGAAAACUCCUGAGGCUGCAGGAACAAGAGCUUAUCGACAGCAACGCCGACAGCCAUCCUCUCGUAAGGCAAAGACUCGCUCUGCAGCAGCUCCUGUCAACACCCCGACUCGAAAUUAUUCAGUGGAUGCAAGUUCUGCAAGUGAGGAUGAUCUUGAUAGUGAGGACAGUGAGCAGGAAGUCAAGAGCUGCAGCCACUGUGGUGCAACAACUGUUUCUCCAACAGGUUCUAAGGAUUGGCACCAAGGAGGAAGAGAUAACCCCUUGCUGUGCACGUCCUGCCGCACAUAUGAAAACAAACACGGCUGUCUGCCACCAUCUCAGAAGUCUGCUGGCGCUCCAUUCAUGUUUAAACCUGUUAAAGAGGAAGAAGAGGUGAACAGCAAGCAUGGCAUGAGGACACGACGAAGCAGAGCACCGCAGCUGUCAUCUUUAAGAAGCGGCCACAGGAGGCUCACAGGCUCCCCCACCAGUGAGGAUCAGCAGUCCAGCAGCCAGACCUCCCCAAGUGGAGCAGUUUCUCAUUCUUUGAGAACAUCUUCUACAGACAGCAAGAAUGAGUCCACAAAGAAGACAAACAAGAAGAUUAAAGACGAGGUUGCAUCACCAAAGACAACAAAGCGUGUGAGAGAGAAUCCUGCUCAGGAGCCGGAUGAGCCUGAAAAAGUUACACCUAAAAGGCCGAAGACACAGGAUCCUCAGGGCUCCCGGUCAGAGGUAGAGGCCGAGGUCGAGGAGGAAAGCUCUUCAGAAAGCCGCAGUGCUCAGGAUGAUGGCAGCAGUGACACCAAAGACAUCGAUCAGGACAACCGCAGCUCCUCUCCCAGCAUUCCCAGCCCUCAACAGGGCAACGAGAGCGACUCCGACUCUUCUGCUCAGCCCAACGGUGUCCCGUCAGAGCCGGUCCCCCCGGCUGCUGUCCUGCCUGACACACCGGUCGCGCAGACCCUCCCGUCUCAGGGCCCUCCUGUCACUCCCCAGCCACAGCAAAGCACCCCCUCUGCUGACCCUGCUCAGAGCCCCCCUCCUCCCUCUCCAGACGCCCCUCAGUCAGCCGCUGGUCAGUCAGCUGCCGUAGUGGGCCCAAACAGCCGACCACAGCCCACCUCCCACUCUGUCUUGGGUCCACCAUCAGCAUUGGGUCAGGACCCACUGGCAUUUCAGGUCCCGCCUGCUCUUAGCUCUGUGGCUUCACAGCCUCAGGCGCCCCAGCGACCCCCACCCUUCUUUAGGGAGUCGCAGCUCCCCCAGCCUCCUCUCUCUGGCCCACAAAUCAAGCCUCCUCCCACUACUCCAAUUCCACCUUCACACAAACAAUUGCCACACCAGGCUGCUACACCUUUCCCCCAGAUGCCCUCCAAUCUCCCUCCUCCACCUGCUCUGAAGCCCCUCAAUUCACUGCCCAACCAGCAUCCUCCAGGUGCUCCCCCUCCCCCUCUUCAGAUGAUGCCACAGCCUUUACCAAUGCAGUCACUUCCCACCCAACUUCCAGUGAUCUUUCAUGCGCAGACCCACCCUGGAAAGAACUCAAGUUCUUCUAAUCCAUCUGGUGCAGCCUCACACCCCCUCACCUCUGUAACAUCAUCCACUGUCUGCCCCGUCCCCAGCCUCCAGUCAUCUUUUCCGCCUCUUCCACUGAGGCCGUCAACGACCACUACUGCAGGAGGAUCACAAAUUCAGAUUAAAGAAGAGCCGCUGGAUGAGGAGGAAGUAGCUGAAAGCCCACCAUCUCCACCACGCAGUCCCUCGCCAGAGCCCACCAUCAGCAACAUAGCAAGCCAUGCCAGUCAGUCGGCACGGUUUAUCAAACACUUGGAUCGUGGCUACAACUCGUGUGCCAGAACAGACCUGUUCUUCACACCGCUUUCAUCCUCCAAGCUGGCCAAGAAGAGGGAGGAGGCCGUGGAGAAAUCCAGGAGAGAGGCCGAGCUCAGUGCUCGACAAGAACGUGAACGGGAGAAGGACAGAGAAAGAGAGCGAGAAAGAGAGGCUGACAGAAACGCUAGAGCCUCCAGCUCCUCCCAUGACAGUCGUAUGAGUGAAGUUCAGAUGACGGUUCAAGCCCACGGACGCCCUUCCUUUGAGCAGCCACCCACUACUGUAGCUGCUGUGCCUCCCUACAUUGGCCCUGAUACACCAGCCCUUCGCACCCUGAGUGAAUACGCCCGCCCCCAUGUCAUGUCUCCCACAAACCGCAACCACCCUUUCUACGUGUCACUGAGCCCCGGGGACCCGCUGCUGGCCUACCACAUGCCAGGCCUGUACAGCGCAGAGCCCAGCCUCAGAGAGCGUGAGCUGAGGAACCUCCGAGAGAGGGAACUCCGCGAGAGGAUGAAGCCCGGUUACGAGGUCAAACCCCCAGAUCUGGAAACCUUACACCCCUCUGCCAACCCCAUGGAGCAUUUUGCCAGACACGGAGCGCUGGCUCUUCCCCACAUACCCGGGCCUCCACACCCCUUCGCACAAUUCCACCCUGGGCUGAACCAUCUGGAGCGGGAGAGGAUGGUGCUAGCGGGGCCUCAGCUGCGCCCGGAGCUGAGUUACGCUGAGCGACUAACUGCAGAGAGGCUUCACGCAGAGAGGAUGGCCUCCGUGGCAGACCCCGCGACCAGGCUGCAGAUGCUCAACGUGACGCCACAUCAUCACCAGCACUCUCACAUUCACUCUCACCUUCACCUGCACCAACAGGAUCCCCUCGGUCAAGGUUCGAGCCCUCAUCCUCUAGUGGAUCCCAUGGCUCCAGGACCACGUUUGGCCCGGUUCCCCUUCCCUGGUGGCCCUAUCCCCAACCCUUUACUCAGUGAUCUUCCUCAUGAUCAUGAGAUGCUGCGCCACCCUUUGUUUGGAGCUGCAUAUCCACGAGAGCUGCAGGGUCCUAUUCCUCAGAUGUCUGCUGCGCACCAGCUCCAGGCCAUGCAUGCACAAUCUGCAGAGCUGCAGAGGAUGGCGAUGGAGCAGCAGUGGCUGCAUGGGCAUCACCUGCAUGGAGGCCCUUUACCCAGUCAGGAAGAUUAUUACAGCCGUCUGAAGAAAGAAGGUGACAAGCCAUCGUGAGUCACAAGUGGUGCAUUUCCUGAAACCUUAUACUCAUACCCAGUAGAAAACUGUGUACCCCCCUGGGACUGUAAGAGAAUAUUUGUGUGUCAAUUUUUUUGUUUUAAUAUAUUUUAGAAAAAUCUUUGUGUAUCUUUAUGUGCAUUCCUUGUUCAGCACUUAAUGGGACUGUCAAAGUCUGUCUGAGAUUUUCAUAUCACUUGAGACUUUAUACAAGUUUUAUUAUCAAAAUAAUGAAUAGUCUCACUCGUUCAUGUGAGAUUUAAAGCGACAGAUUUUCUCUAACAAACUGUAAAACUGUUUCAUAUAUGGUGGAAUAAAUUUGCUAAAACACAGCUCUUAGAAAGGAUAUGAAAACAGACUGACUUUGGUGUUAACUUUAAAUAUUCCUAUAAUUUCUAAACAAUUUCCUUGUACAGAAUGACAUUUAAAAAUCUGUGUUUGAAUGAUUGUAACGACCUAGCAUGACUCAGUCUUCAGUUUUCACCAAAGUAGAGUAGCAAGUUGCAUUGUCGUGUUUAGACUUUGGAAGCAUAGUAGAGGUUGGUUUUACUCUAAAAUCUGCUAAAUAUUUGUCUAAAUCCUAAAGUUUUAUAUAUCAAGAUAUCUUUUCACAGUAUAACCUAAGCUUUUAUUCGCUCAUUUUUGAGACUGUAAAUAUUACAUGUUCACAAUAUUCUAUAAGAAUGAGUACUAUUGAUAUAGCAGUAGAUGUGAACACCUGACCCUCGAUUUAGCACGAUAGCAGUAAACCAUAAGCUGAAAACAGUAUAUAGUAUUAUAAGGUGAGAUCAUUAUUAAUUGGAACGUGAUCUGUUGGUACAGAUAGAAACUUUUAUCAGAACAAUGUAUUUGCAUCUUUUUAGAUGAGAAUAACAGAAUUGGAGAGAAACUAAAUCUUAACUGAAUUUUAAAAACUGCCUCGAAAUUCAAUAUUUAUGUGACAUAAUAUGAAAGUGUAUCCAUUGCAUAUUUAUUUCAAUAAAUAUUUCUGCAAGGACACCUUA